UUCGGCAAGAUUGCAACAGGGUCGUCCGGUCGCGUUUCUCCUACGCGGUCCGUGGGCUGUGCCUGCCUGCCUGCUGUUGCCUCGUCUCCUCGUUUAAACGGGCGAACUCAAGAUUGCAACAGGGUCGUCCGCCGCCACCAAUUGCUAGCGCAAUCCUAGCCCUAGCCCAGCGCCCCCUCCGGCCCUCCCUGCUUCGUGCUUGGUAGCGAUGGCGUCGUUUUCUGAAGCGCCCCCGGGGAACCCAACUGCUGGCGAGAAGAUCUUCAAGACCAAGUGCGCGCAGUGCCACACCGUCGACAAGGGCGCCGGCCACAAGCAAGGUCCUAAUUUGAAUGGUCUGUUUGGGAGGCAGUCUGGUACAACACCUGGCUACUCUUACUCUUCGGCUAACAAGAACAUGGCUGUGAUUUGGGAGGAGAACACUUUGUAUGACUACUUGCUUAAUCCCAAGAAGUACAUUCCUGGAACCAAGAUGGUAUUCCCUGGACUGAAAAAGCCACAGGAACGUGCUGAUCUCAUUGCAUACCUGAAGAAUGCCACUGUCUGACGAGGAUGCUGCUGUGGCUCUAAAGAUGAAGAGCAGCGAUUCUCUUUUUUGCAGUUAAAAUAAUGACACGAAUUUACUUUAAUUUGACAGACUGGAUAAUCAAGAAAGCUAAGAACUCCAGGUAGUUCUGUAACGGUUUUGUCUAUUGCUGGGGGUAAACACCACCCUUGAAGAGCUUUUGAUUAGUGGUUGAAAUGUGACAUCACCAUAAUACGUUUGACCUGACGAGCAUUUAAACACACGUUUGGGAAGCUUUUGAUUAGUGUUUUAAUGUUCGUUUUUCA